AUGCUGCCCUCUGUUGUGUUUUGGGGACUUAUGACCCUCAUUGGCACUUCCAGGGCCUCAUAUUCUUUCACUCAUGCCAUGAAUCCUCGCCUGCAUCCUCGCCUGUACCAUGGUUGCUACGGAGACAUCAUGACCAUGGAGACCUCUGGGGCCCCCUGUGAGAUAAACAAUUUGAUUAGUUGUGGGAUCCGUGGUUCUGAAAUGUUUGCUGAGAUGGAUCUAAAAGCCCUAAAGUCUUACCAGAUUGUGAUCAAAGAAGUGGGACAAAGAUACUGCAUCGAUCCAGCUGUCAUCGCAGCCAUCAUAUCCAGGGAAAGCCAUGGUGGAACUGUCCUGCAAAAUGGCUGGGACCACAGGGGACUUAAAUAUGGCUUGAUGCAGCUUGAUAAACAACUUUACCAUCCAGUUGGUGCCUGGGACAGCAAAGAACACCUUUUACAGGGCGUUGGGAUUCUAGCAGACAAGAUAAAGGCGAUCCAGAGAAAAUUCCCCACGUGGAGCGUGCCUCAACACUUAAAAGGUGGUCUCUCUGCCUUCAAGUCUGGAAUUGACACCAUUGAUACACCCAUGGACAUAGAUGCUGACUUAGUUAGUGACAUUAUAGCCAGAGCUAAAUUCUUCAAAAAGCAUGGUUUCUAG